ACUACUGGCAUUAUAAAUUAUUCUGAGUAAUUUUUAUAUUUUUACAUUUUAAGUUUGUUUGUUUGUUUUCUUUAGAUUUAUAUAUAUGUUAAACAAACAGGAAGGGUAAAUCAAAAUCUAGUAAAAAAACAAAAGAAAUGUCUCAUGAGUUGAGUUACCAGCAACUUAAAAAUGCAAACGAAGCAAGAAUCAGUGAAGAACAAAGAAGUGAACAAAGAAAGAGAAAUAUUUUGUUGCUGAUUUUGCAUUAUAUGCAAGAGGAAGGUUACCUGGACUCAUUAAACUGUUUGGAACAUGAAGCUGGUGUAAGUUUGAAAAAGUUUGAAGUGUGUGACAAUGUUGAUUUACAGACAGUGCUACAGGAAUACGAAUCGUAUUAUUAUGUUAAAUUUAACAAGUGGCCCAAGAUUUCAAAAAGAUCUAAGGACCAACACAAUGAAAAGAGGAUCUCUUCAUCUAAAAAAUCUCUCUCCAACAAAGAAAGACUUUCUGUUAAAACGAAAAGCAAUUCAUUUAGUCUUCCCAAUAUAACGCAUUCUCAUAGUGAUUCAGAAAGUAUAAAUCAAGUUAGACGUCCAAAGAGUGACACAAGAAGAAUAAAAAAUCAAGAGCAGUCAAAUGAAGUGUUGUCACCAGCUUCAAGUCAAUUAGAUAUUUCUGGUGUAUCAGGAACUUCCAUUACAACACAGAAAAACAAAGCUGAACAGUCACAUGGAAAAAAAACAAUUGUUGACUACAAAGCAAUAUUAUCGAACACGUUAAAAACAGAAUACAUGUCAAAUAUCGAUACAUCGGAGCGUAUGUUGAAACCUCUAGCAGGAUAUACUGGUUUGUCAGGAGAAUUUCGUGAUUUGGCUGCCGUAGUUACAAGGGAUAUAUACCUGGAAAAUCCAAACGUGUAUUGGGAUGAUAUUAUUGGUUUAGAUGAAGCAAAGCGAUUGGUUAAAGAAGCUGUUGUUUACCCAAUAAGAUAUCCACAACUAUUUACAGGUAUCUUAUCUCCGUGGAAAGGAUUGUUGCUGUAUGGCCCUCCAGGUACUGGCAAAACACUUCUUGCUAAAGCCGUCGCCACCGAAUGCAACACAACCUUCUUUAAUAUAUCUGCUUCAACAAUUGUCAGCAAAUGGCGUGGUGAUUCCGAAAAAUUAGUUAGAGUAUUAUUUGAACUUGCUCGUUUUCAUGCGCCCUCCACCAUAUUCUUGGAUGAAUUAGAUUCGCUCAUGAGCCAGAGAGGUGCUUCAAGUGGUGGAAGUGGAGAACACGAAGGAAGUCGUCGUAUGAAAACAGAACUGCUUGUACAAAUGGACGGAUUAUCCAAGUCUGAAGAUCUCGUAUUUUUAUUGGCUGCUUCAAAUUUACCAUGGGAAUUAGACCAUGCAAUGCUAAGGCGAUUAGAGAAACGUAUUCUAGUUGACCUUCCGACUAAAGAAGCGCGCCAACGGAUGAUUGAACAUCAUUUACCAAGACAAAUAACUACAAACAAGAAUGGGUUGGAAAUUCGAACUGAGAUAGCUUAUGAAGAUUUAGCUGAGAAAACUGAAGGUUAUUCAGGUUCGGACAUUCGUCUUUUAUGUAAAGAAGCUGCAAUGAGGCCAGUCAGAAAGAUAUUUGACGUCUUGGAAAAACACUACAAAGAUAACAUAAAGGAGCUGCCAACUUUACAAGUUGAACCUGUCCUUACUUCAGACGUUGAAGCAGCGUUGGUUAGGACUAAACCUUCUGCAAGAAACAUCCAGGUCAAAUAUGAAAAAUGGCAACAAGAAUUCGAAUCUGUUUAAAAUCUGUUUAAUCCCUACAUCAACAAGAUGUGGAUACGAAGAGAAAUUCAUAAACUGUCACAAAUGGACUGUUUGGAUUGUGGUUAUGACGAGCCUUAAAUCUGUCCAAUGGAAACUUAGAACAUAUCAUCAAGUUUUUAAGAAAAAAAUAAUUCCAGGUUUCCUGAAUAAAGUCGCUGUCAUAAAAUGUGACGAAAAGAAACUUGCAACUGCAAUCGCAUGGAUUCUAAUGUUAUUAUCAGUCAAACUAAAAACAUGGAAAUCUAUCGAAAUCUAUGAAGUGGAACUCUGGAAAAUGAACUCGCACAUGUUUGGUGCCGUGUAUCUAUUCGGAAUAUCUUGUGGCUACUGAAUUGAGAUAUCAAAACCAAUCAGCGCUAUAUUAUUACAUUCGACUUUUUAUACAUUGAAACUUUUCUCUUAAGGUUUAGCACUUAGCCGGGAAAGGAGGAGACAUUUUAGUUAUUUUUUUUGCAGAAAAUUUUCAAAGUUAUUGUAAUAUAAAAUUUAUACUGUUGAUCUUUGCUGUUCCUGGUCAUGAUGAUAUGACCGACUACCACCAUUAAUAAACCUAUUCUCAUACCGCAGCUAGUUGAGUGUAAUACGUAAACUAUGUAUAAGACACCACUGUAGGUAAAACUGUUUUUAUUUCGGGUUUUCGAAUAACAUGUCUUCUUCAGCUUUAACAAAAGAUUUGAAGAAUACUUAGCAAUCCAUAUUUAAAUAUAUAUUAUAUUUAUAUAUUUCUUC